CCCGUCUCCAGUCCCCCCCUUUCUCUCUUUGUAUAUAUAUAAGCAAUGGAGCCUGAAGCAGCGAGCGGGGUGGGCUCGCGGUGGCGGACGAUGCAGCGGCUGGGUGCGACGGUUGAGGCGCGUCCGAUGGCUGUAGGUUGGCUGCCUACCUACUAAAACUCCAUAGUUUUACAACUUCAUAGUAGUGUGCAGUGUGGGCUUCUGCUACAACUACUAAAACUCAUCACCAGCCAUGGCCUGGAAAAUGAAUGCUGCUUCAUUCAGCUCUCUCGCGGUCUUCUUCACCUCCAUGCUUUUUCUCCUGCUUGUGUGCUCUCGCUUGCACUUUUCAGAAGCUCAGUCCUCGGCUCAAAUCGUGAGCGGCUUUUCCUGGACCUUCUAUGAGUCCAGCUGUCCUAAGCUCGAAGACAUCAUCCAGAAACGCCUCAAUAAUGUCUUCGAUGAUGACAUCGGCCAAGCUGCCGGCAUCCUCCGCCUCCACUUCCAUGAUUGCUUUGUUCUGGGAUGCGAUGGUUCAGUAUUGCUUGAUGGAUCAGCCAGUGGGCCAAGACUGAGCAGGACACUCCUCCGAACCUGAGCCUAAGAGCAAAGGCGUUCAAGAUCAUCAACGAUCUUCGAGAGCGUGUCCACAAGAAGUGCGGCCAAGUCGUCUCCUGCGCCGACAUCACUGCCUUCGCUGCUCGCGACGCCGUUUACCUGGUCAAUUUCUUCCAAACAUGACGGGGUUAACUUGGAGAUGAAAAAAAUGAAGUUCUUAGUUCUUACGCUAUCUUCAAUAUUAAUUAAUUGAAGUAAAUUCAAGUUAGGAUCAAAUCAUACAUUAAUUCACUCAUAAAUCAAGAAAAAAUAAAAUAAAAAAUGAAAUAUUCCACUUAAUUUGUAAUUUAGCCAAAGAAAAAAAAAAACAAAUUCUUCCUUUAACAUAAUUUUUGUAUAUGUGUCUGUUCUAUAAAUAUCAAGUGCGGUGUGUGUGUUGUGUGUAUAUAUUAUGUAUAUGUGUGUUGUAUUAUGUGACGGUCAAAAUGGGUGUGUGUGAAUAUGGAUGGGUGUGUCUAAAGGCGCACAUAGAGAGAGAGAGUGUGUGUGUGUGUGGCGGUGGGUCGGCGGCCGACCUUGACAAUGGCAGUGGGUGCGUGUUUAUAUUAUGUGUGUGUGUUUAUAUUAUGUAUAUAUGUGUGUUCUGUGUGUAUAUAUUAUGUAUAUGUGUGUGUUCUGUGUCACGGUCAAAAUGGGGGUGUGAGAGAGAGAGAGUGUGGCAGUGGGUGUGUUUAUAUGAUGUGUGUGUGUGUGUUUAUAUUAUGUGUAUAUGUGCGUUUCGUGUGUGUAUAUAUCUAUAUAACCUUGGCAAUGGCAGUGGGUGUGUGUUUAUAUUAUGUAUAUGUGUGUGUUUUGUGUGUGUGUAUUAUGUGUGUAUAUUUAUGUAUUUUAUGUAUUCUGUAGUCCCAAGAUGGAUUGUGUAUUUUGUAUAUUUGUUUUGUAUGUGUAGAUUCUGUAUAUUAGAUUAAUUAAAUUUUGUGUGAGUUCAUAAAUUAUGGGGGAAAUUUUGUGUGUAAUUUUGCUACACAAUCUCCAAUUAGAGUUAAUAUUUUACGUAAUAUUAACCAAACUUUGAGUGUAAAGAAAAUGAGUAUGACAGUGCAUUCGCAUUAGUAAGAUACAUUCUAUGCUUGAGUUAGUAAACUAUGCUUUGAGUAGACCAAUGAUACAUUAUCUAAAUGGUGCAUUUGGGAGAGAUAGAAUGAAAA